AUGGGGUCCUCGGCGACGAUCAAGGCGUUCCCCCCUACUCGAGACGCCUCCUCCCAGACUACCCACUCGGCAGUACGGGAAGCCGCCAGCCAAACCGAACCACCGACCGCUGGCGAUGCGAGCAGCCAGACCAACCCGCCGACGGCACGCGACGUGCGCAGCCAAACCUUACCCGUCGACGGGCCGCGAGAUACCUUGGAGCGCCAGCUGUCAACGCCACCAGAACCCGAGGGAGAAGGCACAGCCCCAGCUUCAGAGGCAGGUCGACAAAGAGAGCGACCCCGUGAACAACGCACCUACGGGAGGGGCACAUCCUCGGCGCAACCACCAGCCCCCACGAAACCGCACGGAGGAGAAUACCGGACGGCGAAUCGAUCCGCAGGACCCAGGGCCCCCAGAGGUAGGGGAGUGGCCCCGAACAACCCCGCUCCACCCGCUACCACGGCGACCACGAAAGCUCCAGAGGCCCCGCCGAAACCAUCCACUUCUCGAUAUGGCCGGUGCUUCAACUGUGGGAGCGCCUCUCACCGACGACAAACCUGCACCCAGCCGCCACGCCAGUUUUGUUUCCGAUGCGGGGAGCUGGAUGUCACAGUUCGGACCUGCCCGAAGCACGGUUCCGCUUACGAAAAGGAAGAACCCUGGAACUGGAACCGCCGAUAA